CUCGCCUCACGCUACGAGAGCUGUUGGGCAAAUAUAGAUACUCUUUGAUAUCUUUUCAACACGAACAUACGGAGUUUGUGAACAGCAUUUGUAGAGUACAAUCACAUACACCAUGUUUGACAAAAACCCGUCUUAUUUUAAUGUGAAAUAUAACUACGAUCUUAGCAACGCGAUGGAUGUACAGUCGCCAAAGAUCAGUUUCCAUUUGUGAAACAACCAACACAGAGUGAAGCGAAGAUUGUUUCUUGUCCUGACUAACAACCCAGACUGCCCUUGGUCUUGUUCAGAGGAGAUCACUGCCAACCAUGCCUGGUCAUCCACAACCAGCUACAGCACAGGGAAAGCACCGUGAGAAAGGAGGUGAAAGAGAAAGUCCUAAAGGCGGUGGCCGGGUCAAAGUUUACCUACACUCUGUAACUGAUGAACAGGCUUUACUGCUUACAGAUACUGGAAAUGCAAGUCCCCUUGAAGAAAUAAGAAAGAUGUCAGGCGCUUGCGUAGACUUCGACUCUAAACCAUCACCUGUGCCAGGUAUAAAGAUUAUCAUCAUACGCGGUGUUCCUUCUCAAAUUAAUAUGGCGGUGGAUCUCAUCAGUCAGAAGAUUGGUUUUGAGAUACCAUUAUCAGACCAGGCCCAGACAUUCUGGCUACAGUGGGUUGAGGCCGCCUUCCCUGAUCUCGACUCUCGCGCCUACUUCCUGCCUCCUGUCCACGUCAACCGCGUGCCCAUGGUCAAGCAGCUGACCCAUGCUAUGGAAGUUCUGGUCCUUCAGUCAGCUCCUGAGCAGGCUGGUCAGUCCAACCAGUCUGCGACCAAUACAUUCACUUCUCAGCCUCCUCGCGUGUAUGACAGUGACGUCAGAGAUGAUGCAGCUACGAAGCGCGUCCUUUGUUGUCUGGACAGACUGUGUGAACAUAACAAAGAAGUUAUGGUUGGAAUGACUCAGCUUUCGUUCGGCCAGUACCUGGGAACCUUGUUAUGCCGCUGCGGCUGCCCAGCUCCCCGACCUGCCAACCUUCCUCCUGCUCUCCCUCAGAAAUGGAAACAGGGCGACUUUGAUGUGCUUCUUAUUCACCGACAUUACGGCUUUGUCUUAGCAAACAAGUCUUACAUUGGACUUAGUUCAGCGGUGAAAAUGCACAGCCUUACCUUCAAAAGCCCUUACUGA